AUGCCAUCCAUAACAACAAUCCACGAAUCCCUACCCUACCCAGCCCCGACCGCCUCGGAACGCGCCGCCGCAGAGGCCCUCAUAGCAGCAGAGCGCGCCGCCGUCCCAGACGACCCCUACCACGCGCUCCUCCCGCCGCCGCACCGCCCGGCCUUCACGCCCGCCCUGGCCGCCGAGCUCGCCCGCGUGGGCGCCCACCCGCGCCAGCCCCUGCGCGCGAUAGACCUCUCGCGCUACGAGGCCCCCGAGCUGCCCGACGUGGCCACAGACUCCUCCUCCACCGCAAACUGCCCCUCGGCGGAGGACCUGCGCUCCGCGCUCGAGCGCGCCUACGCCUCGCGCGCCUACCUCGCCCAGCGCAGGGCGCACCUCGCCCUGCUCGACUCGCACGGCAAGAACAGCUGGCUCGUCGGCAACUGGCAGCUCGAGGCCGAGCUCGCGGGCCUCGAGGCCGAGCUGGCCGCCGCCCGCCGCGACGUCGACCUCGUCACCCUGCGCCGCCAAAAGGCCCAGGCCGACGUCGCCGGCGAGGUCGCCACCCUCGAGGAGAACUGGCGCCGGGGCGUCGGUCGCGUGCUCGAGACCGAGCUUGCUGCCGAGGAGCUGCGGCAGAAGGUCCUCGAGGCCAGGCGGCUGCAGGGAUGA